CGUCGCUCGCCUUCUCUCUUUUCUCCCUCAAGCUCAAAGCCUCAACCCUCCCCAUCCUCCUAUCCUCCCAUCCGCUCAACCUCCCUCCCUCACCAAACCACCAACCGACACACGUAGCUUGCCAUGCCGUCGCAGCGUGCUCCCUUGUCCAGCUCGCCGACAUGCUGGGCAGUGGCGCUGUUGGUGGCGGUGGUCGUAGUGGCGUGCCCUUGUUCUUGUCUCGGAGCAGAGGGUGGCAGUGCGCUGCGUCCUCCUCGUUCCACAACCACAAACACCACCGACGCUUCCAGUCCAUCCGAUGAGGAGAACCAAUUCACAGACCCUCUGCCUCCCCCUUCCCCGGCCAACCUGGGGUCGCGCACUGCACCCCUUGAACUCUGUGCCGCAGCACACGCAUCACUGGCAUCGAUCGAAGCAGAUCUGGCCACACUGGUGCGCUAUGGUGAUGCCGGUGAUCGAAGCAAUAAAGGAGCGGACAAUCAAGGCAGCCAGCGCAUAGAAGACCCCAGACUGCAGCCUCUUCGUGCGCUCAUGGCGCACUCCUGUCACUUGCCUCAAACACCGCAAAGGCAAGCACCCACUCACUCGCGCGGCGUACACACCAACAACGGCGACGCCGUGACGAGGACCGCACACGAAGCCACCGACAAACACCAACGCAACAACCAGCAGCAGCACCAGCACCAGCUACAACAACGGUCAAUGAGACAGCGGAGAGACCGAGGGUCAACACCAGUUGUCAGAUGUGGAAUGGGCGGGGUGCUUGGCCACUCAUGCAACGUGCCAGAUGAUGGAACUUUUAUCUUGGAUAUCAUCGCCAACCAGCGCUGUAAUACACACAGGCUUGGGAAUUGUGCACCUGACUCGGACUGUGCGGCACUUCGCGACAGAACUGUGGGUAUUGUCUUACGAGACGGCGUCACCGCGGAACACCUCGCUUGCAUUCUCGCCCCGGCUGGUGACAGCUGGUGGAACAACGUCGUGUCACUCACGGUUCACGGGCUCCCACAGUCAGAAGUGUCUUUGGAAGCCAUUACGAACACCAUGGGAUCUCUGACGGAAUUGGCGCUGAUUGGCGGGACGACAACCACCCUCACAGCACCUGAGGAUAAGUCAUUCCCCAACAUUAAGCGAUUGACAAUCACCGACAAUGCCGUCACGAGCUUGUCACGCUUCUUGGGCUUCGUGCCGAACCUGGAGGUGCUGGUGGCAGACAACAACCCGCUUGCGUCCCUGCCCGCCAACGCGUUUGCGAGCACGACGAAGCUGACAACGCUUGACCUCACCAGUGCCGGGCUCACACACAUCGAUGAGACGGCGUUUUCUGCCCUGAGUGCUCUCACUGACCUGCAGCUGGAUGGCAACGCUUUAACCGUGCUUGCAAGCAGCACAUUUGAGGUGCUGACCGCCUUGCAAACCCUUCACCUUCACGACAAUGCAUUUACGAAAUUGCCUGACAGCGUGUUUGCAGCCCAGACUGCACUGCACACGCUGCUUCUACAUGGCACCUCCCUCCAAACCUUGCCGGAACAGCUGUUCAAAACAACCACAGCGUUGCAUGAGCUCAAGAUUCACAGCUGUGAACUGACAGCCCUCCCUCCUCGCAUCUUCGCUGGCCUUUCUGCACUCGUGAACCUCACACUGCACAACAACAAAAUUGAAACCCUCCAACCAAACACAUUUGUGGACCUGACCAACCUCAAAUACCUUGCGCUCCAGGUGAAUCGUCUCAAGGAGGUGGUGGUGGGCACAUUUCGUGGGCUGCACUCCCUUGUGGACAUCGACUUGGACCGAAACCAGAUUACAUCCCUGCCACACACGUUUCUGGCAGACUCCGCUGUGCUGGAGGAGCUCAGCAUGGCAGGCAACCGAAUCACGGCGCUGCCGCCCCACUUUCAGCACAACGCCACCAAGCUCACUCAGCUGCAUGUGCCUGGCAAUGCCAUCACCACCCUGAACGUGUCAUCCAUGCCAGACCUCACCCUGUUGUACUUGGCCGGCAACCCGCUCGAAUCGCUGCACGGCCUCUCGAGCUUGCGCAGACUCGAGGUGCUCAACAUCAACGGGCACCACCUACCUGGGUUCAAUCUGGACGACAUCCUGCAUCUGACAACCCUGACCGCGCUGCAAAUUGCAGCCACCCCGCAGCAACACACGCCAAAACUGGUCUUUUCCUCCGCCGAUGAGUCUGUCCAACAGAGUCUGCGCAACGUGGACACACUGGACGUUCGAAACCUCGUGGUGACCGACCUCACGCCCUUUGCCAACACAACCCUGGAGAGCUUUGGCAUUGGCUGGCCAGGCAUGGACGACCCGGAGUUGCUUGCAAGCAUCUUAGCAAACAACCUUGCGGACAGCGUGCAAGAGUUUUACCUCACCCGCACAGCGAUUCGCGAGUUUGAGCUUCCUUCCCGAACCUUCAACGCCGUGCAUCUGGAAGAGAACACACAGCUUGGCUCUGUGAAUAUCAGCACUGACGUUACGUACCUAAACGUCUCGCACUCUAAACAGCUCGCCACACUCAACACCCUCAACGUGGACACGCUUGACAUCAGCAACACGCGCAUCCCGUUCUCAGACGCGCUGUGCUCACAGCAGGGGCGCUCGCGUUUGUUUGCACGUGCGCUGCUGAGCGCCGCCAGCAUUGAAGAUGAGAUCGUGACGCGCGUGCUGCGCGCAUGUGUGAGCGAGGUUGAUGUUGUUGAUUUUAGCAACAACCCGCAGCUCCAAAGCCUGCGAGCGGUGCGUGCAGGCACGGCAGCCACGCUCGCGCUCGCACCCGAUGACCUCUCCACCAUCGGCGGAGACGUGAUUCCUGCCAAGGAGCGAAUUCCAAUCCUGUCGCUGCAAGGCUCCCCUGUUGCAUGCAAUCUGCAACUGCAAAGCGUUCGCGCGAUUCGAGAGGGCGCUGACUCCCCGUCCACAGAAGUCACCUUCACCCACGAGUGCCGGUGUGCACACGAGUUUCGCAACCGCAACGGCCGCUGUCAUCCCAGAACAACACCCGUCCUGGAGAUAACCUUUGGCACCGUGUUUGCAAUCAUGCCCUUGUGCAUCUACCUGACACGGCUGUGGUACAAGCGGCGCGUGCGCCGCCUUCGCAAGCAGCGCGACAUUGGACAGGCCCUGCUGGAGGUGACGAACGCAGAAGUGCUGGCACUCAGGUCCGCGUGGCAGAUCCCGUACGACCAAAUGCGUUUGAUUCGGCGCGUGGCCAGCGGCGCGUUUGGAGUCGUCUUCAAGGCAGAAUGGGACACGAUCAUCGUCGCGGUUAAGGUGUUUGGGCAACAGAGCGCUGCUGCCUUCUUCGACGCCAACACCGAAGCCGAGUUUGAGAAGGAGGUGUCGUUCCUGCAGAAGACACGCCACCCACACGUGGUGCGGUUCUUUGGUGCGGGCCAAACACCCGACAAUGCCCCCUUUCUUGUGUUGGAGUUUGUGGCAAUGGGCUCGCUGCGAGACUUGCUCAAGAAGAACCUGGCUGAUGUGCUACACCACCACCGCAUCAACGCUGCUGCCGACGCCGCUGCUGCUGCUGACGAAGAAGACGAUGGUGAUGGCGAUGAUGGCGAUGAUAUGAAUGUGAGGAUUGACGAUGAAGAGCAGCAGCUGAUUGUGGUCACGUCCAACAAGAAGAGCAAGACGUCGACUGAUCAUCUUCGCACGUCGUUCACAGGGAACAAGGGUGUGAACGAUGCGGAGGUGGCUAAUGCGUGGGACCUGAAGGUUCGACUGGCUCAUGACGUCGCAUCUGGCAUGGCAUUCAUCCACAGCCUCGACCAAAUGCACAGGGAUCUGAAGAGCGGCAACGUGCUCGUGUCAAGCAAACUUCGCGCCAAAAUCUCGGACUUUGGAACCAUUCGCCAGCGGCUGUCCGCAGAGCCCGUGCAGACAACAGCAACAGCGGAUGUGAUGUACUCGCAGGAGGUUGGCGGGCAGACACUUGGGCUGGCCCUGACAGCCGGUGUGGGCACACCGCUGUACAUGGCGCCAGAGGCGCUGACGGGUAGCGUGUAUGACCGCAAGGCGGACGUGUUCAGCUUUGGCGUGCUGCUGUGGGAGAUUGCAACGCAACGCACCCCUGACCUCAUUGAGCAAGAGCUACCUGACUACCAGGGCCCGAUGCUGGCGACGCUUCUAAAUCUCCUCAGCGAUGGAAAACGGCUCACGUUCCCAGAAGAGUACAUCGACCACGCUGGUGGCCCAGGGCACGCCAUUCCGACCUGGUUCCGGGUGCUGGCGCUGCAGUGCAUGGAACAAGACCCGGCCAGACGGCCUUCUUUCGAAACACUUUGCAUCAAGCUCAUGUGA